GAUAAAGAUAGAUGGAGUUAGUAUUUAAAAUAGAGAUUACCUUAGAUGCAUUGAUUUGCAAUUAAGUUAUUUAAAAUGUAAGUCAUCUUUAAAUAAACAUUACACUAAUUAGUAAGUAAAAAAAGGGGGAAAUAAGUGCCAAAUUCGGACCCAAAAUCUGUAUGAUUUUGACCCGACAAUUUCCAGUGCCGCCAGAGUCGACCUCGCGAACAAACUGCGCUGAAUUUGUUCUUUCUCCCCGCAAUUUCUGUCUUUCAUUGAAAUCAAGCUGCUACCUGGCUAGGGUCCUAUAAUGGGUGUGGAACAACAAAAAGACCAACUGAAAGAGAUGGACUGGAAAACUCUGGGUGGAACAGAAAGUAGUGAGCCUAAUGCUGGACCAUCCGUGAAGAAACGGCUUCCAAGAAAGAUUCGACAAGUUCCUGAGUAUUAUUUUCUUCCACGAAGAUCCUUACCAUACUCCAUCGCCUUUUAUGGGUCGUUUAUUGCUGCAGGUAUUGGUGCAGGAAUGUUGCUCGAAGGAUGGAUCAACAAGAAGAUCAAAGAGGAUGGAGGCGUCAUUUGGGAGUACGACAAGUGAACAUGGAUUUCUUUUCAGCUGUUCCGAUUGCUACCUCUUAUUGCUCCAAGGUGUUCACCGGACAGAUGAAUAUCGUAACCAUUAGUACAAGACGAUGAAUCUUCUCUUGGCAUCCAAUUCAAUUUUGUAGAUUGUAUAUUUCAGGAGCACAGUGCAGAACAGAGAUGUCGAAUUUCGCAAAUACUACUGAAACAUUAGGUUAUAUAUUUGCCUCAAUGGUUUAACCUUUGAAUAAAUAGAGCGACCGGGCAAGUGGCCUUCCUAAGAGCUCUACAUCCUCUGCUGUUGUUGAAUAUGGAGCAAUUGAGCAUUCAUAUAGCCGUUGAGGUUCGUAGGGCAAUUUUGCGGGAGAAUUUGUUUUGUAGCCCUAUACAAACUUGUUUUGAGUUUUACAUCCUUUUUUAUCAAAGAUUAUCACUUUUACUUGA